CACAGAUAAGAUAAAGGAAAAUGUGGAUUGGAAAGGAAUUAGGAAGAGUUUUCAUAAAGAUAGAAAAGUACUAUGAGUAAGAUUAGUUUGGAACGUCAGAGUCGAGGGGGAAGAGGGAAGAGAGUAAGAAUUAGAGUUAGAGAGACAGAGAGAGAGGGAGACAAAGAGACGGAGAGAGAGAGUACGAGAGCGGUGUUAACAACAACUCGAAAUGGUAUUUAUGGAGAAAUGACAGCUGUUCCCAUUAACAUAGUCCUUAAAGACAAAAGAAUCCAUGUUAUCCGUCAAAUUAAAUAGAUAAGGAAUACUUAACGUUUUGCGCAAGUAUCAGCCAAAAGAAAAUAAGCGAUAGUGAUACCAUACACUGGAGAUCGUGCGGAUUAAGGGAAUUUAACAAAAAGUAUUGGAUCUCGACAAAGAGACGCUACAAAGAACAAAAUAUUUUGUUAAGACACCAAAAACAUAAGCGCGUUUAAGAAUUUUUCGUAAAAACAAUGUUAUGGUUUGUUUACAUAAACAUUGUAAUUGAUGAAAGUUGGAUUUUAAUGGUUGAAAGGAAUCAAAUAUAUUUUUG